AUGGCUACACAAAACAUGGCGCGAAUCGCCGUAGUUCAGAUGCGGUCCACAGUCGACAAGCAACAUAAUCUGCAACAGAUAAAAACUAUUACUGAGCGUGCAAAACAAAACGAUGUCCAGUUUGUGUUCUUUCCAGAAUGUUGUGAUUUUGUUGGCACAAACCGAAAUGAAACAGUAAAUCUGUCGGAGCCACUUACGGGCUCAACGGUGCAGGAGUACAGAAAACUGGCGCGUCAGCAUAAUUUGUGGCUUUCAUUCGGAGGAGUUCAUGAGACUAUAAUCGAAAAAUUACCAGGAUCAGUAGUAUCUGAAGCAAUGACAGAAUCGGUGGAGAAACAAAACAUCUACAACACGCAUAUAGUGAUUGAUAAUGCUGGCGAGCUGGUAGCAUACUAUAGGAAACUCCACCUGUUUAACGUAAACACACCGGAGUUUAAAUUUCGAGAGUCGGAAACGGUUAAAGCUGGGUGCGAUUUAGUGCCACCCAUUGAAACGCCUAUAGGUCGAAUAGGACUUCAAAUUUGCUAUGAUGUGCGGUUUCCUGAGCCCAGUACCAUUUUACGGAAGCUAGGUGCUGAAAUUCUUACAUAUCCUUCCGCUUUUGCGGUAUCGACAGGGCAUGCCCAUUGGGAAGUAUUGCUAAGAGCAAGGGCGAUCGAAAACCAAUGUUUUGUGGUUGCUCCCGCUCAGAUAGGUUUUCAUAAUGAAAAACGUGCAAGUUACGGUCAUGCGAUGGUAGUAAACCCAUGGGGAGUUAUACUUGGGCAAACUAGCGAUCAUCCAGAUCUAGACGUUAUCGUAGCCGAAUUGGAUUUUGCCAAGCUAGCCAGCGUCCGAGCAAACAUGCCCUGUUUCGAGCAUCGGCGAGACGACGUCUAUAGUCUGAAAUGUCUUCCUACUGUCUCCGUUACAUGCCAUAGAGCAACUAAGUACACUUUUGGAGGUAUUGAGAUAUCGCCUGAAACGAUAUUCUACGUUUCGAAACACAGUUUCGCAUUUACCAACAUUCGCUGUGUAGUACCUGGACAUGUGUUGGUGGCAACAAGACGUCCAGCAGCCCGUCUCCCUGAUCUGAGUCCGACAGAAAUCGAUGAUUUUUUUCAGACCGUAUGCAAGGUGCAAAAAACCGCGGAACUGCUCUAUAACGCAACCUCGUCGACGGUGACUGUGCAGGAUGGUCCGGAUGCAGGGCAGACUAUUUCGCACGUUCAUUGUCAUAUUAUGCCCCGUCAUGCAGGUGACUUUUCAGAAAAUGAUCAAAUAUAUUGGGAGCUGGCUCUACAUGAUAAGAAGCAGUCUGACGAACGCCGGACACGUUCCUUCGAAGAUAUGACUGCUGAAGCAGAACGUUUUCGCAAAGAGAUAUUAAAAAUGGGAAUAUAAAAAGAUUUAUGAAUAAAAUGAUAAAUAUUGUACAAUUUUAAGAACAAAAAUAUUUCCGAAAAGCUGGUAUUUUUUUCAGCUAGUUUAAGAUAUUGCUCUCUGUGGUUCUUAUUGUCUCUUGUCAUCGCAAGUAUCAA